UCAUAAUAUCGAUAUUUGGCCAAACCGCUAUUCGUUACAUCUCUAGACAGAGCUACCUAACGGACCUACCUAUGGUUCCGAAGGUUUAGCAAUGCCAUUUUACGUUCCAGGAAUCGAAUGCGGCUACCCAGCUGAGAUCGCGCACGGCACGUACACGGUUCUGAACGACUCCGUGUCGUACCUGUCCCACGUGCAGUACGAGUGCACCGAGGGCCACGAGAUGGUGGGCAGGUCACGACUCGUCUGCGAUAUCGACGAGAGAUGGAAUGGGCCCCCGCCGCGGUGCGACGUUGUCCACUGCGAGCCCCCGGCGCAGGUCCCCAACGGGCGCGUGACGCUGUCCCACAACGCGUCCGUGUUCGGCGCCGUCGCGGAGUACGCGUGUGUCCGCGGGCACCGCCUCGUCGGCGCCCGGCGCGCGAGCUGUCUAGCGAGCGGCGUUUGGGACCAGCAGCCGCCUAAAUGUCAACCCGAGGAGCGCUCAACAACGACCACCACAACGCUCCCUCCCCCCACCACGGCCGCCCCCACCACCCGCGUCACGUCGCGCGCGCCGCCGACGCGGCCGCGCUCCACGCCGCGCCCCGCGCCGACUCCGUUCGUCACGCCGGAGACGCGCCGUCCCCGCCCAAAGACCACGGAACGGCCGACCACGAGAUAUGAAACGAGGGUCACGGACGCGCAGGAGUCGCCGACCAGCCAUGUGCCGCAUAUUAUUGUGGCCAGUCAUCCUAGGGAGAACCAAAUUCUCGGCAGCGGUAACAACAUCCGCGCCGAGCAAACCCCCCGUGUCAACGUGCCCCAAUCAGUGGACGGCGAACGGCGGGAGACUGUCGGCGCGCGCCUCAACCUCGGCGCCGUGGUCGCGCUCGGCGCGUUCGGCGCGAUCGUCUUCCUCGUAGCGAUCAUCACUACCAUCGUCAUAUUGGUGCGGAGUAGAAAGCACCACGACGGCAAACGCUACCGCCACCACGUGUCCCCCGACUGCAACACGGUCGCCUCCCUCGACUCCUCGUCCUCGGAGUCCCGUUCGGGCCUGAACAGGUACUACAGGCAAGCUUGGGAGGAGCUCCACGAAGCAACCGGCGCUAAAGGUAGAAGACACGACAGGGAAGCGCCGAAAGACGGGUCGGAACUUGUCGUGUCAGACAUCUACCCAGCCCCGAGGGACAAGAGGAGACAUCAUCAUCACCACCAUCAUCGCCAGCCGAGGCAUCCGGAUUGGCAUUCGCCGCAUCGUCCACAGCACAAUCAUAAGCCUAGGUAUUAACUAGCUGUUGUAAAAAUCAUUUCAGUCUGACGUUUUUUUCGCUAGUGUGUUGUGCAUAAAACAGUCACAUUUUGCAGUGUAUGUAUAUGUUAUUUUCAUUAAUAUGCAGUACUCAUAGAACUUUUUUAGAUUGACUGAUGA